CACGCAUAUGAACAUAAUUAUUAUUCUUGGUUCUUUCGCUAUAAUUCCUCACCAAAUGCCCACCAUCAAGGAUAUACGACGACCGUGCAACUCUGGCUUAAAUUUCCCCAUGUGACCACUGGGCUGCUCCUCGACGACGUCCUCUUUCUGUCUGUCUGUCUCUCUCUCUCUAUCUCUGUGCGCUCUGCUGAACAGCGCCAUUGACUGUGGAGUGAAAGAGCACCCAAAAGGAAGCUGGAAUCUUUCUGAUGCUCGUUAGCUUUCUGUGCCCUUUUGUUUUUGUUUUGGGGCUUCUGGGCAGCUCAGAAACCGAGAGGCCAGCUCAAGCAAUUCGCCAAGUUCUCUCCUUUCUUGAUUUUCUUGUUUUUGUGGGGAGUUUGAAGUCCCUUUUGCCCUUGCGACUUUUCUCGGCUCUGUAUUAUUAGGGGGCUCAAUCUUGAGCUGGUUGGAUAUUCUUUUUAGCCGAAAAAUCAGAGUGCCCACAUUGCAAGAAGGUGGUGUUUUUUUUAGGGGGGGGUCUCCUUGUAGGGCCGAGUGUUUUAGUUCUCUGGAUGAAAAGGGCAGAUCUUUGUUUUGGUUCUUGGUUUAUGAGCUCCAAAACAAGGGACACGGGCUAGUGAUACUGAUGCUUUUCCCCACCACUAAAGACCCUUUCGUGGGCGUCAUCCCGAUGAGGGUUCACAACUGUUUUUUUCCUCUUCUAUUGUUGGUGAAAUUGGACUCUAUAUUGAUGUUCAUACCUUUAACUCGGAUGAUAUUUCCCUUUUGUUCAGUUCUGUUCCUUUUGUCAAGCGCUGUGCUCUCUUACUAACAAGAAGCCAUCUGCUUCUUUUAUCAACCUUCCAGCGUUGAUUGAAAUUAUUGGCCAUGCCCAUACCUCGUUCUUUUUUAUCUCAUUUGAUGCUCUGAACAGAAAGUAUCUAGUUUGACCUUCUCUUCGCGUUUCAACGAACAUCUUCUUGGGCAAAAGCCAUAUUCUUCUUUCUUUUGGAAUUUUUGCUUGUUGGUUCAAUUUGGAGGAGAGUACUUGAGGAAAACCCAUCUGGGUCAUUGCUUUCCGGAUGCAAGAGCAAGCAAUUCGGAACAAUUACAUUCCUUUUUCCUGUUUCUUGAUAGAAGACUGAAGGUUCUAGAACAAGAGGAAGAAACCUAGUGCAAAAAAGGGUAUUUCGGCUACUUUAUUAGUUUAUCUUGGAGUAUGGCAAGCGGUAUGGAGAACCAGGGGAGAGUUCCUGCAAAUUUGAAGAAGCAGCUUGCUCUUGCUGUGAGAAAAAUCCAAUGGAGCUACGGAAUCUUCUGGUCCAUCUCAACCAGACAGCCUGGGGUCUUGGAGUGGGGUGAUGGGUACUACAACGGAGACAUCAAAACCAGGAAAACAAUUCAAGCCGUGGAACUUAAUACUGACCAGAUUGGUAUGCAGAGAAGCGAGCAACUGAGGGAACUAUAUGAGUCCCUAUCCGCUGGUGAAUCCAGCCCACAAGUUAGAAGGCCUUCAGCAGCAUUGUCCCCUGAAGAUCUCACCGACACGGAGUGGUAUUAUUUGGUUUGCAUGUCGUUCAUCUACGACAUUGGCCAAGGGUUGCCAGGAAGAACAUUAACUACAGGUCAACCUACUUGGCUCUGCAAUGCCCAUUAUGCAGAUAGCAAAGUGUUCAGUCGCUCUCUAUUGGCAAAGAGUGCAGCCAUUCAGACUGUGGUAUGCUUUCCAUUUCUGGGGGGCGUGAUUGAGCUCGGUGUGACCGACUUGGUUUUGGAGGACCCUGCUGUCAUCCAUCAUGUCAAAAGUACUCUUUUGGAAAUCCAAUACCCAAUAGCUUCCAAGAAAUUCAGUGCUCUUAUUGGAGAUACAAGAAACCAAGAUGACGUUGAUAUUCUCGAUCAUGACAUUCUCGAUGCCAAAUUGGUUCCUGUGGUAAGAGAACUGGAUAUGGCUUCUCCAGACACCAGCUCGAAUGGUUUUGGGGCCAAUCAGCAACCGGAGAAUUCAUUUGUGGUUGAAGCGAUAAAUGGAGUAGCUUCUCAAGCACAAAGUUGGCAGUUCAUGGAUGAUGAGUUUAGCAACUGCUUACACCAUUCUGUGAACUCCAGCGAUUGCAUAUCCCAAACAGUAGUUGAACCGACGAACUUAAGGUCAGUCCAGGCAGAUGACAAGGCAAAUGACCCUCAAGGUUGUGAUUACAUGAAACCAACCAUGUUGGAGAAUGAAAAUGACGAUGUGCAUUACCAGAGUGUCCUUUCAUCGCUUUUGAAAACUUCACACCAGUUGAUCAUCGGGCCACAUUUUCAAAGGGGUAAUAAGGAGUCGAGUUUUUUUGCUUGGAAGAAGGGACGGUUUCCAUCUCGGCAAACAACACUAGGUGGAACGCCGCAAAGGGUACUGAAGAGAAUCCUAUUUGAAGUUCCACGAAUGUAUGAUAAUGCUCUUGAGUCCCCCUUAGAAGAUAACAGGGAAAAUGGAGUUUGGAGGCCAGAGGCCGAUGAAAUUGGUCUGAACCAUGUGGUAUCAGAAAGUAAGCGAAAGGAAAAAAUAAACGAUCGCUUGGGUGUACUUAAAUCCAUGGUUCCUUCGGUCAGCAAGGUUGACAAGCUGUCUAUCUUAGAUGACACCAUUGCAUACCUGAGAGAGCUCCAGAGGAGGGUCGAGCAGUUGGAAUCUUGUGGGAUGCCGAUGGAAGUAGAAGCGAAAUCGAGAAGAAAGCCCCAUGACAUGGUUGAGCGAACUUCUGAUAACUGCGGGACCCAUGUGACAGGCUCUGGCAAGAAGCCGGUCGUGAACAAGAGGAAGGCCAGCGACAUUGAUGACAUGGAGCCGGAGACCAAUUCUGUAGUGCAGAGAGAUGCGUCUGCCGAUAAUUUGGCAGUCAAGAUUAAUGAUAGGACUGUGCUAAUCGAGAUGCGGUGCUCUUGGAGAGAGGGAGUAUUGCUCGAGAUCAUAAACGAGGUGAACAAUCUCCAUUUAGAUUCUCACUCAGUUCAGUCAUCGACCAUCGACGGGAUUCUGUCCUUGACCAUCAAAUCUAAGUUCACAGGGUCGAAGGUAACGUCUGCUGCAACAAUCAAACAAGCACUCCAGAGAUUCGCUCGGAAACGCGGAAAUUCAUCUCCGUACUAAUAAUCGCAUGUCGGUUUGCACGACACCGCGAUGUUAGCGUAGUCCUCUAUUGCAAGACCACUGUAGAAGAAGUCUGUUGAGUAGUUCUUCACGACAGUUGUUCUCAGUAGAUAGCCUAAUAAAAUGUUGGUAAAUUCUGCGAACAUUGUAAUUUGUACUUAAUAUGAGACGUUCAUCA